AUGAGUCGAGUCGUGAGCCGGACUGUUCCCGGCGGAGCGUGUGUCGUCAACAAGGAUGACUUUUUAAAGUCCUUCAACGAUGUUGAUAAAGUUUCUGUAUCGUCACUUGCUGACGCGAAGUCGAAAUUUGAUCAAGUGAUUGCGAUUCUAUCAAAAAGCCAGGAAGAUUGGAAUAAGAGGCGCACCCAGCUACAAAUCAUCAGAUCAAUAGUUAUCAAUUGCGAAGACGUCAUUGGAAGGGAUCAACUGCUCGGUCAACUCGUUCGUCUAGCUGACUGCCUUGAUUUGUCUGUUAAAGAUCUGAGAUCACAGAUUCUGAGAGAAGCCGCCAUCACUUGUAGUUUUCUUUUCGAAAAAUACGGAAACGAUGUGCAUCAAAUUGCGGAACGGUGUCUGCCAACAGCAUUUUCACAGCUGGCCGUGAGUACAAAAGUUAUGGCGACGUCAGGAGCAACAUUGACUCUAUUUCUGGUUCAGUAUGUCCAAACAAAGCAGAUAUUCACUUGCUUGACUACGUACAGUACAUCGAAGGAUAAGAAUCAACGGAGACAGUUGUGUGUUUUAUUAGAAAUUGUGAUCGAGCAUUGGAACGAUAAGCUGAAGAAGUCGAUUCUUCCUCAGAUUAUGGAGUUGAUCAAAUCUGCGAUAUCAGAUGCGGAUCCCGAAACAAGAGCCGCUGGAAGAAAAGCGUUUAAUAAACUUGAUGCGAUUCACAGCGAAGAAGCUGACAAGCUCUUCGCUUCGGUAGAUGCGAACAAACAAAAGAUGCUCAGAGCGAGCGAUGCUGCUUCGUCCAGUACGAGUGUAAAUAGCGAACGUGGCAGUGCUCCGUUCCGUUCGAAGUUAUCUGCAGGAAGUGUGGGUGGGAUGAGAAACGUUCCAAAUAUUUCAUCAAAAUUCUUGGCUCAAAGGAGUGCCUCUGCAAUCGAUACGAAACAAGUAACCCGUAUGACAACAUCUGUCUCCAGAACACCGAACACAAGACCGAUGACGACGAGAACCUUAUCAAAAGUCGAUACAUCGCCAGGUGGAUCCAAGUUUGCAAGACCAACUGUUGGUACUCUGGGUCCGCGUACGACAUCCAAUCUACGCGCGCGUGGAAGUGUUCCUACUUCUCAACCUGGAUCCCGAAACGGAUCACCGCCACGGCGUCCAUCUACAACGGGAACCCUUCCAAUGGAAAUGCAACGUGUAAAGUCGAAUCUUGGAUCAAGCUCAUUUGUUUCAUCUUUAACACCUGAUCAAGCAGAGAGUUUGCAAAAGGCAAUGAACACAGCCAAAGAAAGUCUCGGACAACCAUCUCGCACCGAAGAUGACGAAUUCCUCUUGCCGAAACGAAAGCCAAAGACUCCACAGAAGAGCGCUGUGGACAUUUCAAGAGUUGAAGCCGUAAUCAGAGCUUGUGUUUCAACAUCAGCGAACGAGAAGCGAGAUGGAAUCAAAAUGUUGUCGAUAAUAGUUUCUGAGCCGAAUUUGAGUCAAAUUGAACUCAAAAACAUUGGACAGGUGCUUAAUCGUCUCUUGGGUGAAGCCACAAAUCCGGUGGUCUUGGAAUCGGUAGCAUCAUUCGUCAAAGCUCAUCACUCUCGUCUCAGCGAAUGGCUUAAACUCGGUCUCGGAAAGAUGUUCGCCAAGAAGGGAUCCGAAAUGAUGCCGAUCAUGAAGAAACACAUUGUCACGACUAUUAACGCAAUUCUUUCAUCAUUCGAUCCAGCUUUACAAUUGAAAGCUACUUGCGAGCUGAUGUGCGAUCCAAUUCACUUGCUGUCUCCAAAGGCACGUGUCGCUCUUCUAGAAUAUCUCACUGAUUUGCUGGAGAAGCACAUGGAACGUGGUUCUCCAUUCAACACUAAAGAAGUGAAAGCCACAAUUCUGAAGAUGUUUUCAUGGAUGUCAGAUCAGCGUAACAUGCAACAGAUUGUACCACAUGGUGAAAAAGUGCUCUGUGGACUGUUUGCUCUGAAUGCUGCUGAUUUCUCGGCCCUGUUCAAUGAUUUCAAUCCGGACUACCGCGAGUGGGCAUAUCGUAUUCUACAGGCUCAUGGACACAAUCAACAUGCUCCUGCGCCAGAAUCACCAUCGCCCGUCAGAGACCAGCAAGUCCGAGCGAACAUUUCAAAUACAGCUGCUCAAAUUGAAGAUUUUGUUGUGGCGCGGAACUUUGAGUUGUCAGCAGAAAAGUCUCCUACAUCGAGAGGAAUGCUGACGUCAGGUUUCAAGAGGACUGAUGCCGAACCUCUACGUCCUUUGGAGUCUGAUAUGAAUACACAGCGCAUGGAUGACAUCAGUAUCAAUGAAUCAUUUGAUAGGCUUAAGGUUAGAAUUCUUGAAACUACUGGUUUUUACGCCGCGUUCAAAGUUGAUUUCCAGGAGUAA